AGCUCACGCCGCCGCACCGUGACAUGUGCCGACUAUGGACUUGUGGAGCGGCCGCCCGCCCGCUUGCGCCGCAUCCCCGCCCUUGACGAUCGAGGGCGAAGGGUUCGCUCUCACUUUCUUUGAUAAGGACGGUGCCACCCCCCCUCCGCCACCGAAACAAGUCGGCAGGUACGCCGCCGACAGCGCCAGCGCGGGCAGCGGGAAGGCGGCAGCGCCGUGCAAGGUGUGCGGCGACAAGGCUUCGGGCUACCACUACGGCGUCACCUCCUGCGAGGGCUGCAAGGGUUUCUUCAGACGAAGUAUUCAAAAGCAGAUAGAAUAUCGCUGCCUGCGGGACGGCAAGUGCCUGGUGAUCCGGCUCAACCGCAACCGCUGCCAAUACUGCCGCUUCAAGAAGUGCCUAGCCGUCGGCAUGAGCCGAGACUCUGUGAGGUACGGCAGAGUACCGAAAAGGCCCAGGGAGGUGGUAAGCACCGAUAGCAUGCCCGACCUGAGCAGGAAUCUGUCGGCGUCGGGGGUCGUUCCCAUCGCUGGCCUAGAGGAGAUGGACGGUGACAGCCUGCGGCACGGCGUGGCCAAGGAGCUGACCAAAAUGGUGACGGCCGCGCACCGCACCAACAACUCCUACACCGAGGAACUGCGCCGCUCGCUCACCACCCGGGCCAUCUUGCUACACGUCGACGACUCCGACAACGAAGGCAGCGGCGGCGAGGAGGCGGCGUCGUCGACGACGGACCGGGCGACGGACGCGCGCGCCGCGCUGUGGCAGCACGUGGCGCUGCGCAUGACGCCCGCCGUGCAGCAGGUCGUGGAGUUCGCCAAGCGCCUGCCCGGCUUCCACACGCUGCCGCAGGACGACCAGCUCAUCCUCAUCAAGCUGGGGUUCUUCGAGGUAUGGCUGUCGCGGGUGACCCGGCUGUCGACUCCGGACUGCAUCGUGUUCGACGACGGCACUACUAUUACUCAGAGUCAACUGGAUAUUGUAUAUGACGUGGCGUUCUCGACGGGAGCGCUGCGCUACGUGCGCGACGUGUCUGCCGUGCAACUCUCGGAGGAGGAGCUGGCGCUGUACACGGGCGCGCUGCUGCUCAACCCCACGCGCGCCGGCCUCAGCGAGCCCGAGCGCGUCAGCGCGCUGCACCGCGCGCUCGCCGACGCCCUACACCACACCGUGACAGGGUCGGUCGGGGGCAGCGCGCGAGCCGAGGCGCUGGGCGCGGCCACGCGCGACGUGCAGGCGCUGGGGCUGCGCCACCACGAGCUGCUGGCGUGGUGCCGCGCGCACUGGCCGCGCCUCGUGCUGCCCGCGCUCUUCUCGGAGAUCUUCGACAUCCCCAAGAGCGAGGACGAGGAGGCCGGCGAGCCGGAGCGCGCCGGGCCCGCCGCGCCCGCCGCGCCCGUCGCCGCCUCGCCGCCCGCCCCGCAGGCCGCCGCCUCCGUCACGCAGUUGCAGGGGUAAACCACCCAGAUUAAUGACUUCGGUCUUCACACUAUACCUUUAUACUAGCAUUUAGGGGAGAGGGCAUAAAGCGAGUAUAGUGCCUAAAUCGAGCACAUUUGUUAAAAUUAGCUACUUAUCUGUUACUAUUAUUUUCUAUCAGUCUACAUUCCCCUCACAACUUGUGUUAUUUCGAGUUUUUGGACGAGGCGUUGCCAUGAGCAGCUUGUAAAGCAUGUAUGGCAAUGGACUCUGAUCGGUGCUAAAAGAAGGUGUACACCUUUGGUCACAAAUGUUUUCGCACUGAGAAUGCCAACUUGCACAAUAACUGUAUGUUACAAAAGGGAAAACGCAGUAAAAUCAAUGUUAUAUUACGAUACAAGUGCGGAAAAAAGGAAAAUCAAAACGACUGGCAAUAAAUUCUCGAAAGAGUUGCGAAUUACCCAUUCGUUAUAGUUUCGACAUAGGUAAGUAAUGUAGAUGUUGGUACUGAUUUUCGCCAAAGAAUGGCAAAAUAGCGCCACAUGUGAUUUUUUUUAUUUGUUUUUAGGUAUUUCACAGGAGAUGUGGCGCAACUUCAUCGCAUUAUAACCGCAUAAUAAGUAGUACCCAAUUUACUUGACUAUGUCCAAACUUUUAAUUUAUAUUCCUACACUUUUCGCACUUGUAUCUUAAUAAAUAAAAUAAUAAAGUAUUGUUUGCUUAGUAACGUACCACAGUUAUCUACGUAUUGGAACCAGAAAUUCGGCGCAAUCACAAUACGCACGAAAAUGGAAGUUAAUUACGUAAAUAGGUACCUACUUUAAUUUCAUUGCACGACCAUUGACUUGACAUAGGAAGUUAAAUGUUUACAGAUUUAUUACAUACGUACUUGAUAUUUUUUAAGACAAAUAAUAUCAGGAAGUUUUCAGAAAAUAUUACACCACACACAAUGUUACAAAAACACACAAUGAUUGAUAAAACAAAUAAUGAAUUUUGUAAUUUUUCAAAGGUACACUUUUUUUUUGUAUCCGCCCCGUAGUUUAUCAACUGAACGCUUACACCUAGUUCUUAUUGAAUGUUUAUAAACUGUCAUAUAUCAACAUUAUAAAACAACGUAAUCAAAUUGAGUGGACUAUUCUCUGAAAGCGCCUAUUAGAAUAGGCGCCUAAGGCUUUAAAAGCCUAAGGUGCAGUAGAAAGAAUACUUUAGGAUUAGUAUGAUUUCAAAUCCGAUCUCAACCUUGAGACUGAUCUACGCUGUGUGUAAACUCCAUUUCAAAUACGAAGACCCGAUAGUACUUGAAAAUAAACAAAAGACCUUAUAAUGUUUGCCUUCUGUUAUCUAAUAAGGCGCUCUUCAAAUUGGCACGCGUCACUGCAAACUGUAUGGGUACAACGGAAAAAGGGUCUGGUCAGGUAUCUUUUGUUUUCACUAAUCCUAUUGUUAAUGCCUAAUGACCAUCUCCACAACAAUGCCAAUACAAUACAAGCCUUCUUGAGCUUACCGUGGGGCUCAGUCAAUCUGUGUAAAAAAUGUCCUAUAAUAUUUAUUUAUUUAUUUUAUUUUAUCUCAAGUGCUAUUGGGCCUUCGUAUUUCAAAUGGAGUAUAACUACGUCUAUUAACUACACCUAUGUUAUUUUCCAUUACGAGAUACCACUACGAGGUGUCACAUUUGUAAUCGAAUGGCAAAGACGGCUACGGCUCAAUCAAUGACUAAAGAAUGUAGGGUCUCUGGCAUCUUUUGAGCUCCUGGGUUCUGGAUUACGGUUUGUGGUAGAAUUUGACCACGUAUGUCUACACUCUGUACAGAGCCUUUGUGACAUAAAUCCAUUUCUACAAUCUAUGCAAGUUACAAAUUACAAGUUGAAUAGAGCUUCCGCUUGUCACUUAUAACUUACAGCUUUCAGAAAUGGACCUGUGGGCAUGUUCAAAUAUUAAUAAGAGUCAUUGGUGUGUAAUCAGUAACACGGGUGCAAAGAUUAUGAUCACUAGCAAUUAACCCUUUUCCAAAUUACUACCGUAGAAGUGCGAUUUAAGGUGUAUAUUUUUUGGUCUUCGGGUGAAUCGUCAAAUCUGGAUUUUUUAAAUAUAAUUAGCAUUUUUUGGUCUCGGAAAAGGGGGAAAAUAUUGUUUUCACCACACCAACUGAUAAAGGCUUACUUUGCUAUUCGAAAACAGAUAGCAAAAUUGCAUUUUAUCCCCAAGAGUGCAAAGUAAUUUCAUACAAAUUUUAACUUGAUAUCUUG